AUGGAGUUAUUGCCUCUCUGGCUCUGCCUUGGUUUUCACCUCUUGACAGUGGAAUGGAGGACCCGAAGUGGAGUAGCCGCAGCUGCUUGCCAAAGGUGCUGCCAGCUGGUGGAUGGAGUCGCUGACUGUCGAGAGCAGAAUCUGGCCUCGGUGCCCAGCGAUCUCCCUCCCCACGCACAGACGCUCAUCCUAGAUGCCAACCCUCUCAAGACCCUGUGGAACCACUCGCUGCAGCUGUACCCGCGCCUGGAGAGCCUCAGCCUGCGCAGCUGUCACCUGGAGCGCGUUGGCCGCGACGCCUUCCAGGGCCAGGCCCGCCUGCGCAGCCUGGCGCUGCCCGACAACGCCCUCUCGGAGAGCUACAGGGAGACGGCGGCCGCCUUCCACAGCCUGCGGGCCCUGCGGAGGCUGGACCUGUCCGGGAACUCCCUGACGGAAGACAUGGCGGCCCUCAUGCUCCAGAACCUCUCUUCCCUGGAGUCCGUGUCCCUGGCGAGGAACACCAUCAUGAGGCUGGACGACUCCGUCUUCGAGGGCCUGGGGCACCUCCAGGAGCUGGACCUGCAGAGGAACUACAUCUUUGAGAUCGAGGGGGGAGCCUUCGAGGGCCUGGCCGGGCUGAGACACCUCAACCUGGCCUACAACCACCUCCCUUGCAUCGUGGACUUCAGCCUCACGCGGCUCCGGUCCCUCAACGCCAGCUACAACGACCUGGAGUGGUUCCUGGCCUCGGCGGGCGCGGCUGCGUUCGAGCUGGAGGUGCUGGACCUCUCCCACAAUCGGCUGCUGUUUUUCCCGCUCCUGCCCCGGUCCAGCAAGCUGCACACCCUCCUGCUGAGGGACAACAGCAUGGGCUUCUACGGGGACCUGUACAACGCCUCGUCGCCGAAGGAGAUGGUGGCCCAGUUCCUCCUGGUGGACGGCAACGUGACCAACGUCACCACCGUUAACCUCUGGGAGGAGUUUGACUUCAGCGACCUCGCAGACCUGCGCUUCCUGGACCUGAGCCAGAACCAGUUCCAGUACCUGCCCGACGGCUUUCUCAGGAAAAUGCCUUCCCUCUCCCACCUGAACCUCAACCGGAACUGCCUGGGGACGCUCCGCAUCGGGGAGCACGAGCCCCCGGGGGCGCUCCUGGAGCUGGACCUGAGCCAGAACCAGCUGUCGGAGCUGCACGUGGCCCCCGGGGCCCCCGGCUGCCUCAGGAGCCUCCGGUCCUUCAACCUGAGCUCCAACCAGCUCCUGGGUGUCCCCGCUGGCCUCUUUGCGGAUGCCGGUAACAUCACUACAGUUGACAUGAGCCACAAUCAGAUCUCACUCUGUCCCCAGCCAGCGGGCGUGGACGGCGGCGGGGGCCCGCCCAGCUGUGUGGACCUCAGGAACGUGGCGUCUCUGAGGAGCCUCUCUCUGGAGGGCUGCAGGCUGGGAGCAUUACAAGACUGCUCCUUCCAGGGCACCGCCCUCACCCACUUAGACCUUUCUGGAAACUGGGGGGUUCUGAAUGGGAGCACUGCCCCCCUCCGGAAUAUCGCCCCCACGUUACAGGUCCUGUCUCUCAGGGACGUGGGCCUCAGCGCCAGCUUCACGGAGUUGGACUUCUCCGGGUUUGGGAAGCUGAGGGACCUGGAUCUGUCCGGAAAUGCUUUGACCAGUUUCCCCAGGUUCCGGGGAAGCCUGGCCCUGCAGACGCUGGAUCUCCGCAGGAACUCACUCACGGCCCUUCCCCAGGGGGCCGUGUCUGGGCAGCUCACGACAAGUCUCCGGACCAUCUACCUCAGUCAGAACCCGUAUGACUGCUGCAGGGUGGAGGGCUGGGCGGCCCUGCAGCGCCUGCACACCAUCUCCGACUUGGCCAUGGUCACUUGCAACCUGUCCUCCAAGGUCUACCGCGUGGUGGACCUGCCCAGAGGCACGCCUCAGGACUGUAAGUGGGAGAGGGUGAAUAUGGACCUGCUGUAUCUUGUGCUCAUCCUCCCCAGCUGCCUCACCCUGCUGGUGGCCUGCACGAUCACCUUCUUCACCUUUAAGAAGCCUUUGCUUCAGGUCAUCAAGAGCCGCUGCCACUGGUCCUCCAUAUACUGA